AUAUUAGGUGUAUUCAUUUGGCCAAUGAGCUACAGUUUUCAAGUGUGACAUUUGAAAGUCAGCCGGCUAGCCAUUCGCAAACGCUGCUAAACUCAGUCUUGUAGUUCAAGGCUCGACAUCGGUGAGUAGUGGGGAAUGCUGGAGUGUUACGUAGUCGUUCCUCAUCAGCCAGAGGUAAACUCACCACCACAGACGCAAGUCUAGGCACAGAGGCGAAGCAGUUGACUUCACUUGGUGUUGUGCUCUGUAUGCAGUUAGUUGUUAGCCAUUACGCUCCCCGCAGUGUUUCUGAAAUAGGAAAUCGUCGAGUUGGACACCUUUCGCUGGAGAAGGGGCUUCAUUCUCUCAGUACUAUCCGUAUUACCGGUGCCUUGUGAUGGUUGGUUGUCAGUUGUAACAGCGGAGUAGCCUUUUAUCUUGCCGCUAGUUAGUAUCGACAGUGUGUUUCUCGCGUGCGCAUUGCCGCAGGGCAAGGAAGAGGUAGCGCAUAGCAGUUUCGUUCGAGAAAACUCAAUUCGUCGUUCCCUACGCCGCCCGCUGAGAAGGCAAUAGAUAGAUUGCAUCCACCUCGGCACUGGGUAGUUGUUCACUUUGGAGCUAAGCGUUGAAGGAUUGAAAAUGACUUUCGUCGAAUGCACCGUUUUCUCAGCGGUGUUUCUUCUAUCCGUUCACCGGCUAUCCGCUCAGAAACAUCUGGCGGCAACCACUCUACUUGAUCCCGACCUCAGAUUGCCUUAUCACAUUGCAACAGCAAUGAGCAGUGCCGAGUUGGAACCUAUUCGCAAAGGUAACUGCAAGCGUCUCUAUGGUCUGAGCACGAGCCAGGUGGACUGGUGCAAGAAGAACUCAGUUUUCUUCCGCCCGAUCGUGAUCGGCACCCGACUUGGCCUGAACGAAUGCAAGCGACGCUUCGCCAGGCGACGCUGGAGCUGCCCAGUCGACCAGCCAAACAUCUUCAGCAAAGUCCUGAAUACGGCGACUCCUGAAGCGGCAUUCGUCCACGGUAUAGAGUCAGCCGGCAUCACUCUGGCCAUAGCACGGACAUGCAGUCGAGGCGAUGCACUGUCCCAUUGUGCAUGUAACAAGUCACAACAAGCUGUCGGGCAGAACUGGACGUGGGGAUCGUGCAGUGACGACUUCCAGAGUGGCGACAAGUUUGCUGGUGAAUUCCUGUCGGGAAUGGUCAAAGCCAACGAUUCCACAUCAACUAUUGCCGGCCUCAAUCAUAGAUUUGGACGAAAAGUUGUUGGCAAGAGUAUGCAGUUCCUGUGCAAGUGCCAUGGCUUUUCCGGUUCCUGUGUACAAAAGACAUGCUGGUAUAGUCUGCCGACCAUCGGAGUUGUUGCUGAGCAGUUACUGCGAAAAUACGACAAGAUCUUUCGGGUUGUGUGGAAUAGCACGGAGAUGGAGGUGGCUCCUUUCGCCAGCGAUCCUCUCAAGCAGUCUCUCAAGCAGUCUCGUAUGACCGAGAAGCUGGUCUAUCAGCAGCCGUCCCCCGAUUACUGUGAACCGAACAAGGCCAUCGGGUCGCUGGGAACGCAUGGACGCGAGUGCGAGCCUCGCAUAGCAGGCCCGACCAGCUGCGAUACCGUCUGCUGUCAGCGAGGCUACAACGAGCGGCGUCGGAUUGCGUCGCAGAGAUGUCGCUGCAGAUUCCACUGGUGCUGUCGAGUGGAGUGCGAUUGGUGUCGUGUGGUCUCAAAAAAAUACACCUGCUGGUGAGGAAAACAAUGGACGAAGUUGAACACACAUUUUGCCUGUAAAGUUGAAUUAUACCGGGCCCCUCAAUAUGGUGAUAUUGUGCCGCACGGUGAUCCAGAAUCCAUCAUCAAAACAACACUUAUAGGAUUGUCACAAGCCGCUCACUCUCUGACAGUUGAGAUGUCAACAAACCCAGCAUGCAGUUGAUUAGGUCAUGGCAAGAGUUGUAGCAGAAUAUCAGUGCAUUUAAAACCAGCUGCCCCUUCCCCUACAUGCACCGGCUUGUGUGAGGAUUUUUCUUCCACUGAAUUCUCAUUAUUUUGUCCUUUUAACUCCGGAUUUGUACACCGUUAAUGUUGCAAUUUCCCAUAACUUAUGCACUAAAAUAGAUUGAUUUUCAGUAUUUUGUACAAUAGGCCUCGUUGAAGCCGACCAAAUUUGCAAAUUUAUACUCUAAAUAAUGAACUUUCUCUCGUCGUCUA